GCAGCUUUUGGUGCUUUUCCUCUGUUCUUUUCUUCUACUGCAGCAAUCGAUGAGGCUGAGGGCUUGAUCAUCUUUAAUUUUUCUUUUGCUACAGUUUCUUCCUUGAUUCAGAGAUGUUGUUUUGCCGGCGUUUUUCUGAGUUCUUUCCCGGUGAGUGUGGUCGGCGGCACCUGGGUUACCUGGUUUCGGAUUUCUCCAAUUGCAUCUCUGGACUUGCAUCCAAGGGCCGUAAGUGGCUUUUGGUUCAUGGUGAUGCUGAGUGCUAUUCGUUUGUGGCGAAGAGAUUGGGCCGGUGGUUGGUUCAUGAAGUCUCCUGGUGGGACAAAGCUCUUCUUGAUGACCGAUUCUGCCGCAGGUGAAGCACAACUGAGGUAGAUUUUCAUAUUCCACUGCUUGCCAGUGCCCAUCUAGCCAAAAUCUUGUGCGUAGGGGUUUCGAUACGUCAAUUUCGAUAGCCAUUCUAGCAAACUUCCCUCUUUGAACGGUGAGAGUGUUUGGAUCAAUGCUGAUUGUUUUCCCGAAAAGAUUGCCUAUCACCGUCAAAAUCUGAUUGUGGUAGUACUGAAUGGAUAGAGCCGGAAAUCUUACCCAUGCUGUGAUGCUUGGUGGGAGCUUCUCUUUGAGUCGGAAAUCCUGAGACCAUGGCUGAACCACCAGGUAAUGUUCGAGGAUCAUCCACGGGCCGUCUGAUAGGGAAGUCAGGUAGUCAGCCCUGUUGGUGAAUUUGACCAUGAAACAAUCAUGAUCCAGAUCGAGCACAUCCAUGUGGCUUGAAGGUUUCCACAUUUUGUGUAGCCGUGCAACAAGGUAAGGAUAUCGAACUUUCCUUCCGAUCAAACGCACUACAACUGUUUGCUUCAGUGGGGUACAAACUUGAUUGAGGAGUU